AGAGAGAGAGAGAGAGUACAUCAAUAUGGCUACGCCAUGUACGAAAAAUUGAUGUAAGUGUCAAUUAAUAUUACAAUGUGAAUACGGUGAUAACACGAUUAAUUGUUCCCUGUAAUGACUGCCAACUAUUAUUUCGCGAUCGUCGGACAUGCCGAUAAUCCAUUAUUCGAGAUAGAAUUCAAUAAUGCCGGGAAAGAUGCGAAGAAAGAGGACCAUUCCCACUUAAAUCAAUUCAUCGCUCAUGCUGCACUUGAUCUCGUGGAUGAGCAUACAUGGAAGACAACGAACAUGCAUCUGAAAGUUGUAGAUAAGUUCAAUCAAUGGUUUGUUAGCGCAUUUGUGACAGCAACACACAUUCGAUUUGUUAUGGUGCACGAUAGCAAAAAUGAAGAUGGAAUUAAGAAUUUCUUUAAUGAAAUGUACGAGACUUACAUAAAGUAUUCCAUGAAUCCAUUUUACAAAUUGAACACCCCUAUUAAAUCCUUAGGAUUUGAGAAGAAGGCACAGUUGUAUGGCAGAAAAUAUUUAUCAUCAUAAUGGCACCUGAUUUAGCUCUUAGAAUAAAUCAACUGUUUUUCAUCAAAUUAAAAAGUAAACUUCAUAAAAGUAAGAAUGUCAAUAAUUUAUCUUUCUCUAAUGUGUAUAAA